UGUGUCUGGUCGGAAAAACAGCUUUGGUAACAGGCGGUAAUUCUGGUAUUGGAUACGAAACCGCCCUGCAUUUGGCGUCUAGAGGAUGCAGGGUGAUAAUAGCUGAUGUCGUUGAUUCUGAAUCCAGCAGAAAGCGAAUUGUUGAAGAAACUGGUAAUAAUAAUAUCAUCUACAAAUGGUUAGAUUUGGGCAGCUUCAAGUCCACUCGAGCAUUUGCCAAAGAUAUUAUCAAUACUGAACCCAGAUUGGACAUCCUGAUCAACAAUGCAGGCGUUGCUGGUUUUGCAGAAAGUUAUAGCGAGGAUGGAAUAUUGAUGGAUAUUCACAUUAACCAUUUCGGUUCAUUCCUCCUAACUCACCUAUUAGUUGAUCUCUUAAAGAAAACGCCGAAGAGUCGCGUGGUCUUCCUCACCUCAUUUAUGGCUUUCUUGCACCAGCUGAAAGAAGCAAAUGAUAUCAAUAGUCCAUCCAAGUUUAAGAACAAGAAUAUUAACACUGUUGUCAAUUACAACAACAGCAAGUUAUGUAAUCUAAUCUCAGCAAGGGGUUUUGCCAAAAGACUUUCAAAGCACGGCAUCACAGUGAACGCUGCAUAUCCAGGCGUAGUCUGCACGCCCAUCUUUAAUUCCUUUAAAAACCGUAUUGGAGAUUUUACAUGGUUUUUGAGGAUUGUCCACUUCAUUGGGGACAUACUCCUUUGGUCCUUUGGGAAAAGUCCUGAGGAGGGUGCUCAGACAACGUUGCAUUGCGCCAUCGAUAAAUCCGUUGAAGGAAUAUCCGGGCAUUACUUUUCGAAUUGCAGAGUCUCCAAAAUCCCGGCAAAAGCAACAGACGAGGCAUUCUCCGACGCUGUUUGGACUAUAAGCGAGAAACUGGUCAAAUUGUCCCAAGAAGAAAAAAUAGCAAGAUCAUAUUGAAAAAAAAAAAUGUAUCUUUCUCUUCUUCAUCAAACUUUAGUAUAAAUA